UGGCAUCAAUGGCGCCAUUUGUUUAAAAAUGGUUUAGUUAAUGACAUGUUUAGCUGGUGAAACGAGGUAGGAACACCUCUCAAGAACGAGAUGGGUAUACAUUGCACAAGACAGAUACAGGAAUGGAGAACGAGGUUACACCCCAAAAACGAUGCGAGAUGGGAGAACGAGGUAUGGAAGGCCCAUGUGAUAACUCAACGGAAAUACUUUCCAUCGCCCAUAUGGUUUUUAGCCAACUCCACGCCGGCUGAGGUCUACAAAGCCGCUCCACCAGAACUACAGCGUCAGCUGAGAAGCAGACUCAGCCUGGAAACACCGGGUGGAAGCGGCCUUGCAGGAGCUCUACCUGGAUCACUUGGGUUCGAUCGGCUCUCACCUCCUCCGCUCGCGGCUGCAGAUCGACGCCCCAGUGGCCAAGGCUUCUUGGCGGUUCCGAUCAAAGGGCCAAGCGAAGCCACCGGCAGCACUGGUCAAUGGAGUGGCUCAGGAGUCUCUCCAGGCCAAUCAUUGCGGUCUUGGAGACAAGAUGCCUGGAAGCGGGACGAUUGGAAUGAUUGGAAAGAACAGAAGGAGUGGUCCUCGUGGUCUACGAGCAAAGAAUCCUGGCCUCAACAAAAGAAAGAAGCUUGGAAUCCAAAGCGCUGGGGCAGGAGUCGAGGCUCCUGGUCCUGACCAAAGGUGUCGGCUUAAGUGGACCGCCGGCGCUGCAGCUGGGCAAGGUUUUGGUGACCAAUCCAAAAAACUCA